AGUGCUAUUUUAUGUGUUGUGAAAGUUUAAUUCCGCUAAAAUCGCCCAUUUGUGACGCUUUUGUUAUUUGUUUUCCAUUGCAUUUGAAACCUGUGCGGUUAAGUUUUUUUAUUGGCGUUUUGUUUCCAUUGAUACGAAUAGUAAAGUUUUCGCAUUAAAGAGACAAGAUGGGGUGGCCAGUAUUAUUUCUGGUGAUACUGGCAUCGGCGGUCCAAGGGCAAGAGGAGACAUGCCUUUCUGUUGAAGAAGAUCCUUACUUCCUCUUUGGAACGAAGACUGCUUAUAUCUUCGCGAAUCGAGGAAUAGCUAAUGCUAAAGUACAUGAUGUGCCUGGUUGCCAACCAGCUGCGUUUUGGUUGCUGAAUCGUCACGGUUCCCACAACCCAGAAGCCAACGAAAUCAUUGAACUGCAAAAAUUAUCCGAUUUCAAAAACAACAUUUUGAGAAACUACAAAGAUGGCAGCUUUAGAAAUAAUAAACAACGAGUAUGUUCUGCAGACUUGAGCCUUUUGGAAAGAUGGGAGUGGAACUACCGCCAUAACUUGACCUUUGCUGGAGAUCUGACCAGUGAUGGGUAUAUGACGACGCAGCAUUUGGCCCAAGCUUGGAAGCAACGGUACCCUGGAUUGCUGACUACGAACCGGCAUGAUUACUUAUUCAAAUUCGUGAAUGAUCAGCGAUCAACCAACACGUUCAGGGCUUUCACUGAAGGAUUGUUCGGGGCGCAAGCGGAAGGCUUCGACGUUCCGAGAGAAAACGAUGAAAAGUUACUAAGACCUUACAAAUUCUGUCCACAAUGGACAAAACAAGUUGAAGAAAACAAUGACACGUUGUUGCAACGAGAUAUCUUCGAGUCCAAACAAGAGUAUCAUGAGAUGAUCAGCAAUAUUUCUCAACGUUUAGGUUUCAACUACGACUUAAAUAAAGAAACUGUCCACCAAAUGUAUCAGAUUUGUCGGUACAACAAAGCUUGGGACGUCUCGGAAAUAUCGCCGUGGUGUGCGGUUUUUACACGAGAAGACCUCAAACGGCUAGAAUACGUGGAAGAUUUAGAAACGUUCUACAAAUACGGAUAUGGUUCCAGUUUAAACCAGAACAUAGGCUGUACGCUUGUUAAAGACAUGAUGAAUUUCUUCACUAACCAUGCUGACCGAGAAGGAGUGCAGCAACCUAGAUCCAUGAUCCACUUCACGGAAGCUCCAAUGAUUCUGAUGACGCUGACGGCAAUGGGAGCGAGACGGGACACUGCGCCACUCACCGGAGAUAACUACCAUAGCAACUUAGUACAAGCUCGCAAAUGGGCCUCGUCCAUUAUGACCCCCUACAAUGCUAACCUGGCUGCGAUACUGUACAAAUGUACACCAAACGGAAAUUUCCAAGUAAAAGAUCAACACCAAGUAUUAUUCCUUGAAAACGAGAAGCCAAUGUACAUUGAAGGCUGCAGAGUCGGACUCUGUGAUUGGUCUAUGGUCAAAAGCAAGUUCGGCGAAGUCACAAGCAAAUGUGAUUUGGAAUUCUGCAACAGUGCGACUCAACUUAAUGGUCUUUUAAGUGUUAUUUUGACUGUGAUUGUAUAUUUUAUUAGAUUUUAAACCAUUUUGUUUUUAAUUUUAUGUUUAGCGACGCUCCGUCUAUAGAUCAUGUUAAUGUCUCUGAAAUGAUAGAUGAAAGGGACGGAUUCAAGCUUAACGAAUGGGAAUCAAAUUCCCGUAUUCUGCUAUGUGUGAAAGCAUCAUAUUAUCAUAUUGGACAAUUUACCUAUUCUAAGAAUAAUCGUAAUAUAUUAUGUCUAUAGUAUUAAAGAAUAAUUCGCCUUAUUAGAUCAAAUGAAAAGCUAUAUAUUUAUUAACGCUGUAAACACAACUACAUACGCGUUCUUUCAAUAGUUUUUGAUUUUUUGUCCUUGUUUACUAUUGUAAAUAUAUUUUGUUUAAUUAUUAGUAUUAUCAAGAAAUAUUUUUAGUGUUAUUUUUCCACUUUUUUUUUAUUUUAUACACAGUUACAUUAAGCAUAAUUGAACUUUAUUCAUAGUGUUACAAUUGUUUCACGAGAAAUUAUAAUGAUUUAUAGUUAUGUAUGUAUUGUUAAUCUCUAAAAUAUUUAAAAUUUGAUAUAUUGCAUUAUAAACAAGUAAAUCAAAUAUUGACCUUGUAUUUAUAUUAACUAUGCACUGAAUAUUAAAUGUUGCGUUAAUAUUGUUAUUUGCACCAAAUAUGUUUCGUAGUAAAUAAAAACUGUGUUAGCAAA